UAAGACCUCCCAACAGUCUAGCACUCACUCGAAGCUUAGCGUAAGAGAGUCCUUCCAUCAAGGUGGUAACCCUUAUCAAAUGGCAGACAUGGAAGCGCAGAGCUUAACCGGUUUCAUAGAAAGUCAAAAUUGUGCCAGGCCAGAGAUUCAUGACUGUGUCAUCAAGCUGAGGGUGAAUCCUCAAAGGCGGAAAAAUGAAGUUUUUAUUGGCUGUGGUGCUGGUUUCGGAGGUGAUAGACCGUUGGCAGCCCUAAAGUUGCUUCAGAGGGUAAAAGAAUUAGACUAUCUUGUAUUGGAGUGUUUGGCAGAACGUACCCUUGCCGACCACCAUCGGUCAAUCAAGUCUGGUGGCAAGGGCUAUGAUCCCCAAAUAACUGACUGGAUGCAAUUGCUCUUACCCUUGGCUGUCGAAAGAGGAGUUUGCAUUAUUACCAACAUGGGUGCAAAGAAUCCUUCCUGUGCUCGCGAUGAGGUAUUGAGAGUUGCAAGCAGAUUGGGCAUCAACAUCACUGUCGGUUUGGCCUAUCAGCAUAGAGUCUUGAGAUCAGGUUCAAAGGAUGUUCUGAGAGAUGAUGAUGCUGAUGUUAGUACGUAUCUGGGAGCAGCUCCCAUUGUUGAGUGUCUUGAGAGAUACAGACCAAAUCUUGUUAUUACUUCUCGAGUUGCAGAUGCUUCCUUGUUCUUGGGUCCAAUGGUAUAUGAGUUGGGCUGGAAUUGGGAUGAAAUGAACCUGUUAGCCCAAGGUUCACUGGCUGGCCACCUGUUAGAAUGUGGUUGUCAGCUCACUGGAGGAUAUUAUAUGCAUCCAGGAGACAAAUACCGAGACAUGUCAUUCCAAGAUCUACUAGAUUUGUCUCUCCCAUUUGUGAGGGUUAAAUAUGAUGGUUCAGUAUGUGUGGCAAAGGCAGAAAGUAGUGGCGGGCUACUAAAUUCUAGCACUUGUGCGGAGCAGCUUCUGUAUGAGGUUGGGGAUCCUGGAAAAUACAUCACUCCUGAUGUGAUUGUAGAUUUCCAAGAUGUUAUAUUUCAACCACUGUCGAAAAAUAAGGUUCUCUGCAUUGGAGCGAAACCAUAUAUACAAGCAGUGCCUGAUAAGUUGUUACUGCUGGCUUCAAAGGACCAGGGGUGGAAAGGUUGGGGAGAGAUAUCGUAUGGGGGUUAUGAGUGUAUAAAACGUGCCGAAGCUGCUGAAUUCUUGGUAAAAUCAUGGAUGGAAGAAAUUUAUCCAGGUGUCAACAAACAUAUCAUUUCGUACAUAAUAGGUCUUGAUAGCUUAAAAGCAAUGAGCAUGGACAAUAAGGCGGCAAGACAUUGUGAGGAUAUUAGACUUCGGAUGGAUGGCCUAUUUGAGGAAGAGGAAAUAGCUAUACAGUUUUCAAGAGAAUUCACAGCUUUGUAUACUAAUGGCCCAGCUGGUGGUGGUGGUAUCAGUACCGGUUGGAAGAAAGAGCUUAUUCUGGAGAAAGAAUUGGUAUUUCACUGUCUCUCUCACAGACACACAUACCUAUGGUCGCAUGCACAUGCACUCCCAAUGGAGAAGAAUGUCACUUCUCUUUUUCAAAAUUGUUUCAUCAUCUAUGAAGAUUAGGUGAGUCGUGAAGAUGUACAAUGGGGCAUCUCAGCAAUGGGCAUGUGUAUCACUACAUCAAGCGCACAGACGGAUGACCUCCAGAAAGUUGUGCUUGCCAGCGAUAAGCACCGUCAUGAAACAUUCUCCAAAGAAGAAGGCACAAUCAGUGAUUUUCGAGAUCCACAGCUUAAUUGCUGCUCUCCAGCUCCGUCUGGAACAAUGAUCCCCCUCUAUGACAUAGCCCACAGCAGGGCUGGUGAUAAGGGGAAUGACCUCAACUUCUCCCUUAUCCCGCAUUUCCCGGCAGAUGUUGAAAGGCUAAAGACCGUUAUAACUCCAGAUUGGGUGAAGGAAGCUGUCUCACCACUUCUAUAUCCCACGUCGUUUCCAACUUCAGAUGAUAUUGAACAAAGAAACCAAUGGGUCAGCGAGAAUGUCAAGGUGGAGAUCUAUCAAGUCAGGGGUAUUCAUUCUCUGAAUGUUGUAGUCCGUGACAUCCUAGAUGGUGGUGUCAACUGUUCACGAAGAAUUGAUAGACAUGGAAAGACUGUAUCAGAUCUCAUAUUGUCCCAACAUAUCAUGCUGCCUCCAUGAUCAUGGCCUUGUGGGUAGACUAGAACUCAGUGGUUUGUUAUUUAAGCUAUUUGUUAAUUCUGUAUAAGUAGUGCAUGAAGGUCUCUGAGUCUGGACACGGUUUUGGUUCUGGAUUUGGACUGUCUAAGUAUUGCCCGACCUGGCCCGAGUCCAACCAUAUCUGUAGUUGAUGUGUUCCUGCGUCAAAGGUUGAAGACGAUGUGCGCUCUUCCCAGCCUUUUAUUUUUAUCUGUCAUUCAUCUUAUAACGUUAGUCUUUAUCAGACUUCUUAUUCUAUUAUAUAUUGAUAUUAAACAUUAAUAUUAAUACUUCGUACCCACUCAGCAGUAUAUCCACUACAGUUUUACAUAGUUUAAUUUUAAUAUAAUAUAUGUAUAUUUCGUAC